GGUCAGCUCCAUCACCAUAGCUAAAGCCAUGUGACCACCUUCAUGUGGGGGAGGAUCAGGAUCCCAUUUGCUUUUAUUAUUAUUAUUAUUCUGAACUCUCUAUAAAUCCUCACUCCCACUGCAGAAUUUUCCAGCUCCUGCAAAAAAUUUCUAUCAUGGGUAUCCACUUGGCAUCCAAGAUUUUCAGUGCGAAGCAAAUUCUGAAGAAGCAGCAGCCUCUUCUCAGCAGAAAUCAAGGAGAUGUCCCUAAAGGCCACAUUGCUGUCUACGUCGGAGAAUACCAGAAGACGAGAUUUGUGGUUCCGAUUUCUUAUAUAAAUCAUCCUUUAUUCGUUGCCUUGCUUAAUCGAGCUGAAGAAGAGUUCGGCUUCAAUCAUCCCAUGGGUGGCCUUACCAUUCCUUGCCAAGAACACGUCUUCAUUGAACUCACUUCUCGUCUGCAAACGGCCUCAUGAAAAAAUUAACUAGGAAAUUUGAGUUCUGCACAAAUUUUUGUAGGAUAUUUUCUUUGUUCCCUUUUUUUUCCUUUUCUUGAUUUCUUAAUUUUCUUUCUAAGAAAAAGAAAAGGAUUAAUCUGUAAAACCAUCUAUGCAUAUUAUUCCACAUAGUUUUUUCAAA